UCUCUCUCUCUCGAACUGUCUCUCUCACCUUCUACAAUCCCCUUCUUCUUCUAAUCAACAAUUGAUUCAAUCAUGGACGCAGAACAGAGCAGUUUCAACAUGGUGCGGUGAGCGUUCCAUAGAUUGAAUCCUUCAUUUCUUCUUUGUACUCUCUUUGUACUCCCACCUCUUAAUUUCUUCUCUUUCCUUAAACUUACACUAUAGAGUUUGAUGAGAGUUUUUCACUCCACGAUCUUGUGAUAUUGCUGUGGUGAGAACUCCAUUCAACGGGAUUAAGGGAAGAAGAUUCUGAAUCGGUCAUUUACUAGAUUCAUUGAUCAAAGAUUUCAAUUCCUACUCCAAUGGAUUCCAACCACACCCCGAAUCUUGGAAGCAUCGAUCUCCAACUUUUGGCCCAAAUUGUGGCGCAAAUCACUAGUAUGCAAUCCGCAUCGACGAAAUCAACUGUGAGCCCUCAUCUCGAUUUGGCUAGUCCUUAUUAUUUGCAUCCAGCAGACAGUCCAGGUAACCGCUUGAUUUCUAGGGUUCUUGAUCAUCAGAAUUAUCACAAUUGGUCGCACUAUAUGCUGUUAGCGCUUAAAUCAAAGAACAAAUUGGCCUUUAUUGAUGGUACUCUCCCGAAGCCACCCGUAGAUGACCCGUUGUUUGAGGCUUGGGAUCGUUGCAAUACUUUCGUCGUCUCCUGGAUUCAUCUUUCUCUAAGCAGUGACAUUGCUCAAAGUGUAAUGGGAAAUAGUAUAGGCAAGGAUUUAUGGCAAGAACUCAAAAAUCAAUUUUAUCAAGGGGAUGUCUUCAAGAUUGCUGAGCUCCAAGAGAAGUUGUUCUCAAUCAAGCAAGGUGAUCUGUCUGUCACUCAUUAUUUCACCAAACUCAAAGGAAUUUGGGAAGAUUUGGAAACUUUUAGAUCCCUCCCACAGUGCAACUGCACACCGAAAUGCACCUGUGUCUUUGACACGGUUAGCAAUUAUCAAAAUGAUACUUUUGUGGUGUGAUUCUUGAGGGGCCUCAAUGAACAAUUUGGAAGUGCUCGAUCAAACAUUAUGCUUAUGAACCCUCUUUCCUCCAUUGAUUCUGCCUAUUCAAUGAUGCUGCAACAGGAACGGAAACUCUUGGGCACUGACAUUGUUAAGCCGAGCCCUUUGUUGAGCACUGCUUCAUCACACACUUUUCAGUCUCGAGGCGGUCGAGGACGCGGUCCAGGUGGCAGAGGAAGUUCUAAGCUCUGUGCUUACUGUGGUAAAACUGGACAUCUCAUCGACACUUGCUACCGCAAGCAUGGAAUGCCUCCACAUCUUAAGAAACAGAACCAAAUCAAUAAUCUCACAGCUGAGGAUGAUGAUUACGGUGAACCAAUUAUCUUGUAUGAGAAUCAGGGGGAAUCUUCACAUUCAAAGUUUACUUCAGAGCAAAAAGAUGCACUACUGGCCCUUUUGCAGCAUCAUGGAGCCAAGGUCAAUCAUAAUAUGAAUCAAAUUGCUCCAGCCAAUGACACCACUCCUGGACCUUCCAACAUGGAAGAUGAUUGGAGCAGCUGAUUACUCUAAUGGCUUGUAUACACUGAACACCAGCACCACCAUACAUAAUACACUUCAAUGCAGCUCACAUGACACCACGAUGCACAACACUGAACUGUGGCACCUCAGAUUGGUCCAUGUUCCUUUCAAUAAAUUGCAAUUCUUACAUGAUUUGUUUCCUUCAAUUUCUAGUUCAAACUUUAAUAAAAUUGUGGCUGCAAAGCCGUGUGAUUCUUGUCAAUUUGCCAAACAAAAGAGACUCUCUUUUUCUA